UUGGACCUGAAGGGGGCGCCACCGCUGCCGCGCUUCUACACCCACUUGUUCCCGCUUUUGGCCGCUUUGGGCGCCAACGCGCUGCUCGUCGAGUAUGAAGACAUGGUAACCAUAGAUACGCUUAUCUCGCGUCACGUGACACUCUCUUCCCCGCAGUUCCCGUUCUCGGGCGCCGUUGCGGGCGUUCGCGCGCUCAACGCGUACUCGGAGGCGGAGGUGCGCCGUCUGGUGGCGGCGGCGGCGGAACACGGCCUGGAAGUGAUUCCUCUCGUGCAGACGUUCGGUCACUUGGAGUUCGUGCUCAAAGUGGAGGAGUUCGCUCAUUUAAGGGAAGUGCCGCCAUUACCACAAGCGCUGUGCCCGUCCAACAACGCGUCGCUCCCAUUGGUGCGCGAGAUGGCCAAUCAGGUGAUGCGUCUGCACCCGAAGGCGCGCUUCCUCCACAUCGGCUGCGACGAAGUGUUCCAACUCGGCGUCUGCGCAGAGUUGCACGCGGUGGCCGACCACGUGGUGCGCGCGCACGGCGUCAUCCCGAUCGUGUGGGACGACAUGUUGCGCCAGAUGUCUGUGGACGUGAUCCGGGAGUCGGGAUUGGCGGCGCUCGGCGUUGAGCUCAUGCUGUGGUCGUACGUCAAAGACAUCUACCGUUUCAUUCCUUCGCAACAAUUCCAACAGUUUGCGCAACUCUUUCCGCGCGUGUGGUUUGCCUCAGCCUUCAAAGGUCAGCCUUACCAGUGCUGUGACCCCUGA